AUGAAAGUUCUGGUGGUCCUGAGCUGUGUGUUGGUUGCGGCCUGGUGCGCGCCCGCGGACCCCAGCGUCCGAGAGCUGCCCGCACUCCGCCACGAGGAGGUGCACGACGAGUACGGACAAUACGCCCUGCGGUACAUCACUGCUGAGACCUGGUGCGCGCCCGCGGACCCCAGCGUCCGAGAGCUGCCCGCACUCCGCCACGAGGAGGUGCACGACGAGUACGGACAAUACGCCCUGCGGUACAUCACUGCUGAGAACACGGUGGUAUCCGAACGGGGCCGGCUAGUCCCGACCGAGAACGGCGGCUGGGUGCUGGAGAUCGAGGGCCAGUACCAGUACAUCGGCGACGAUGGUCAGCUCUACGUCACCAAGUACAAGGGCGGCCCGGGGGGCUUCCACGUCGACGCCAGCCAUCUACCCAAACCUGUGAUGCCUUGA